AGGAAGUUACUGAACCCCAAAAGAAAACAUACUCUCCGAUGACCACCCUUACAGUGACGGUGACCAGGGAUUCACCCUCGAACGAUAGUUCUGGCCAAAUAUGAAGGUUCCGACACCGCCACUACCAAGGUUUCGACUCCCUCAAAUGAUGUUCCCAAACCGCCGGCACCAAGGAUUGGACUCCUUCAAACACGGCAGCACCAAGCCUUGAAAACCACCACUUCUCUCUCCUCUCUUUCUCUCAACCCAUCUAUUCUUCUGCCGUUUCUCCCAACCGUAAGAAAUUUAGAAAUAUUUAAUUGUGCAUCCAUAUUACCUUUCUAACCUUUGCCAUCUAAGCAAUAUUUGUCACAUUAUCAAUGUCAAAAUGGGAGUAAAUUUUCCCAUGCAAGACAGCAUUUUCCUUCUUAAAAUGCACACGGUCAUUCUCCAUCCUUUUGAUAAAAGAGAAAGCUCUUAGCAUUCUAUGGCCAAUCUUUACAAACUGUGAGGAAUAUCUGAACAUGUGCUAUGUCCAUUUCAGAAAAGAACGUCACUCUCUUCGACUUGUGAAUCCUUUGCUCUUCUUCCCUCUCUCUCGCACUCAUUUUUAACAUAACCAGAGUAACAGUUUCAAAUUCAUGAAACCAAUUCCUCCAUUUACUCACCAAUUUCCUAAGUUACAGACCUUGUUUUCUUCAAUUAGAAAUUCAUCGGGGUCCUCACAAAACCCAGUUCUUGUUUUGGAACUUCUGGGCAAAGCGUUAGACCAAUACCCAGAUAUCAAAGCAUUGAAAAAUGUGCAUUCCAAGGUUUUUAAUCUCAGUUUUCACGAAAACCCAUCUCUGGGAAUCAAACUAAUGCGGGCAUAUGCAGCCUGUGGAGAACCUGGGUUGGCACGCAAGGUGUUUGAUGGAAUUCCUGAGAGGAAUGUUAUUUUCUAUAAUGUUAUGAUCAGAAGCUAUGUGAAUAACCAUUGGUACAAUGAUGCAUUGAUUGUUUUCAGGGACAUGGUUGGUGGUGGAUUUAGUCCUGAUAACUAUACUUACCCUUGUGUUUUGAAGGCUUGCUCUUGCUCUGACAAUGCGAGAAUCGGGUUUCAACUUCACGGAGCUGUGUUUAAGGUUGGGUUUGACUUGAAUUUAUUUGUUGGAAAUGGUCUCAUUGCGUUGUACGGGAAGUGUGGUUGCUUGCUGGAGGCACGGCGUGUUCUUGAUGAAAUGCCAAGUAGGGAUGUUGUUUCAUGGAACUCAAUGGUUGCUGGAUAUGUUCAGAAUAUGCGGUUUGAUGAUGCGCUACAUAUUUGUCGAGAAAUGGAGUGUCUAAGGCAUAAACCGGAUGCUGGUACAAUGGCUAGUCUCCUUCCUGCAGUAACUGACACUUCAUCAGAAAAUAUUUCAUAUGUUAAGCAGAUGUUUGUGAAUUUGGAGAAGAAAAAUUUGGUCUCAUGGAAUGUGAUGAUAACUGUGUAUAUGAAAAACUCAAUGCCUGAAAAAGCUGUUGAUCUUUAUCUACAAAUGGAGAAAUGUGAAGUGGAACCAGAUGCAAUCACUUGUGCUAGUGUACUUCCAGCAUGUGGCGAUCUUUCAGCUUUGUUGUUAGGAAGGAGGAUUCAUGAAUAUGUUGAGAGGAAGAAGCUGUGUCCAAAUUUGCUUCUGGAGAAUUCAUUGAUAGACAUGUAUGCUAGAUGUGGAUGUCUAGAAGAUGCAAGAAGAGUGUUUGACAGAAUGAAGUUUCGUGACGUUGCAUCAUGGACUUCAUUGAUAUCUGCCUAUGGUAUGACUGGAAAAGGCAAUAAUGCCGUGGCACUCUUCACUGAAAUGCUAAAUUCAGGUCAAAGUCCAGAUUCCAUUGCCUUUGUCGCGAUUAUCUCAGCCUGUAGCCAUUCAGGAUUAUACAAUGAAGGGAAGCUUUACUUUAAGCAGAUGACAGACGAUUAUGGAAUAACACCAAGAAUUGAACACUUUGCUUGUUUGGUGGAUCUUUUAGGACGAUCUGGACGAGUAGAUGAGGCGUAUAAUUUCAUCAAACAGAUGCCAAUGGAGCCUAAUGAAAGAGUUUGGGGGUCACUGCUUAGCUCCUGCCGGGUGUACUCCAACAUGGAUAUUGGGCUUGUAGCUGCUGACAAACUGCUUCAGUUGGCUCCUGAGCAAUCUGGCUACUAUGUGUUGUUAUCAAAUAUUUAUGCAAAGGCUGGUAGAUGGACAGAAGUAACAGCUACUCGAUCACUAAUGAAGAGAAGAAAAAUUCGAAAAAUGCCUGGGAUCAGCAAUGUUGAGCUGAAUAAUCAGGUCCACACCUUUCUUGCGGGUGACACGUCACACCCACAGUCAAAGGAGAUAUAUGAAGAGCUAAGUAUGCUGGUUGGAAAGAUGAAAGAGUUAGGAUACGUCCCCGAGACUGAUUCUGCUCUUCAUGACGUGGAGGAGGAGGAUAAAGAAUGCCAUCUAGCUGUUCACAGCGAGAAGUUAGCUAUUGUGUUUGCUAUUUUGAAUACCCGAGAACUUCCAAUCAGAAUUACCAAAAACCUCCGUGUUUGUGGAGAUUGUCAUAUUGCUAUCAAGCUUAUCUCUAAGAUAGUUCAACGUGAAAUUGUCGUCAGGGACACCAAUCGAUUCCACCAUUUUAAGGAUGGUACAUGCUCUUGUUGCGAUUAUUGGUGAAGCUACUUCUGGCUGAUUAUAGUUGGAGAGAACUGCAAGUUCAAAGGUUUCUAUACAUGCUGAUGGAUAAUUCUCUUAUUUCUUAUUUGUUUGGUACAUCGGUGGAACAAGAACUUGGAUAAAGGAGGGAUUAAAUGGUGUAGAGGGAGAUGGAUUUUGCAGCACCAUCAAACUCCAAUGUUACAGAUUGGAAAUGGUACUAGUUAGCUUCCUCUAUGAUUGUACAACAAAGAAAAAUCCUUUUUGAUGCAGGACAAUGCAUUUUAGUAGUGAUUGAUUCGUCUUGCAGGAUAAGGCAGAACCAUUGUUGUUCUUAUUCAUUACACUGUCAACAGGUUAUUUAAAGGUUGCAAUUUUGCAUUGGCCACGCUUUAGGGACAAUGCUGUUCUAAAGUUAGGUGACAAAAGUAUAUAUUCCUAUUGGCUUUGGAUUUCUUAAA